GCAUCACAUACUCCAGCUAAUUUUAUCAAUCUGCCACUGAGAAACAAAUGAAGCAACCAAACUGAGGACCUUCAUCGUGCAACUAGAUAAUGACCUAAAACAAAGUGACAAAGGAGGAGGAUGUUGAAGAAAAUUUAGACUGGCCAAGACCAUCAGCUGACUUAAACCCUAUUAAGCAUGAAUAGGGUAGUCUCCAACAUGGCCGCCAUCCUCUUCAAUCCAAAGCACAAACGAGUUCAGGACAGAUAAUUGUAAUAAACACUGGUGCAUGCGUGUAUGUGGUUAAAGUGAACGCUAUAGCAAACGCAAAAUAUUUUCAUUUCUUUUGCUUCAGAUGACACGUUUUUUGUAUUGUACCUUUGUCAUAGUCCGUCACAUAGUCUUUGUUAUCGGUAAGCUUUUAAAACUUGACACAAAGAAGCUGAUUUGCGUGCGAUUAAUUAUUUCGCUUUGCACAAACUCUGUUGAUGAAGCAGACCUUCACAACGCCACACUAAGGUGUUCUCUAUUUUGGGUUUUCUCCAAGUAGGUUUAUUGAUACAUUGAAACCGUGCGCUAUUCAAAGUGUCAGCGUCUCAAACGGGACGCAGCAACUGGAUAGCAAGUCUGAGAGGAGCCGGGUUGGGUUGACACCUGAAACGGCCAAUGCGAUGUCUGUGAAAUUGUCCCCUCCCCUUUGGUGUUCUACGUUUCAAGUCAAUAAACGUUUGAAGCUCUCUGGAGGAACUGCUGCACUUGCUGGAACAACAAGAUGCGGACGACGCUUCAUCUGCUGCUCCUGCUGAUCCCGUUUGGAGGAUACACGGGUCAGCCCACCUUCAAAACAGAGACCGAAAAAGUUGGACAAAGUGUCUCUCUGGAAUGUCCCCGCAAACCCUCUGAACUUCAGGCUGUUCUUACUUGGAUUCGACUUGCUUCUGGAAGCUUUCCAGAAGUCUUAGGUCGGAUGUCAGCUAUUGAUAAGGAAGGACCCGAAACUGAGACAUCAAUGAGUGGACAUCGUAUCACAGUCAAGCAAGAGCCAGAGAAGUUUGUUCUGCAAAUUAGCCGGGUGCAAAAAAACGACACGGCGGUCUACUACUGUUUCAAAUGGACAAAAUGGGUUCACAAAAUGACAUUUUUGAAUGGAGUAUUUUUACAGGUUAAAGACGACCCAGAAGCAGAGACAGCCGUCACUGCUGUCACUCAUGACUUGCAGUUCAACGAGAGCCGAUCGCGGUGCUCGGUUUUCUCUCGCUCUGGUAAUACAACGUGUGAGGAUGGACACAACUUUUAUUGGCUCAGAGCUGGACCAGAGGAUUCAAAUCCCCACUUCAUUUACACUCAUGACGAAUGUGAGAAAGUUGCAAAGGGCUCCAUGCAGGAAUGCGUUCACACUUUCCCAAACGUCAGCGCUGGAACCUACUCUUGUGCUGUGGCCACAUGUGGGCACAUUUUUAUGGCAAAGGCAACAAAGGUCAACACGCAAGACCCCAGCAAGUCUGAUUUCCUAAAGACUGUUAUCUUCGUCAUGGCUGCUGCUUUGACCUUAAUCUCCAUCCUGUCAGCUUUUCUCAUAUACAAGGUCAAGACAAAAACGUUUUGUUGCUGCAUAGCUUGUCUGCAAACCCGUGAAGAAACGUGCAGUGGUGUGCAGCAGAGAACCGAGGACACUUUGGUUUAUUCCGCGCCGACCGUUGUCCCCAGGAAAAGUGGCAAAGCCAGCCAAACGAGAGCGAGAAAAAAUGAGGAUUUUAGCACGUAUACGGACGUCUGCCUCCACGAAACCUAACGAGAUCAAAUUUAUUUAAAGUUUGUAUUAAGAUCUUUCACAUUUCAAAAGUACUGCAGAAGUUUACAGUGCAAGGAACCGUAUUUGGCAUAUUGGGACUAAACUAACACUGUGCAACCUCCGUCAAAGUUUGUAUUGAGAAUUUUUAUAUUUCAAAAGUACUGCAGAAACUUACAGCACAAGGCAUAAUGGGACUAAAAUAUCACUGUACAACCUCUGUCAAUCAAAAUAGAAUGAUUGCAGUGAUUUUUAAAAAAACAAAUUGCUUCAUCAAAGACAAGGAAACUGUAUUACAAUGGUAGUGAGAUUGCAAAUGUGAUAAGGAUUGAAGUUGUAAAAAAUAAAAAAAUGGACUCAAGCUAUUUUUCUGAAGUACCACAUGCAGUUUAAAGAUUCCAGUGAUUCAUGACAAGCGAUUUUCGUCAU